AUGCCAGUAGUAACAAGAAGUCGUCGAAUUAAACCCUCUAAUCAAACACACGGGCAGGGCGCCUCACAACAUGUCCCAUUUCCCCAAAAGAAGAAGGAUUCUUCAACCAAGACAAGAGUCGAAAAACAAGACCAUCCUCGUAUAAUACCUCAGCCCUUAGGACUCAGCUUGACCCUCCAACCUGCCAAGUACGGUCUCAUCCAAGAACGAAUCUGUGAUAGUCUGUAUGCCUUAGUAGUCCAGGCCAUUCUAUGGAACCAAACCCGUGGCCAAAUGGCCCGACCGGUGCUGUUCGAGCUGCUCUCAGCCUAUCCUUCUCCAAAAGAACUAUCUGUAGCACCGCUCCAAGACCUAAUCAACAUGCUACAGCCCAUAGGUCUGCAUAGAAUCCGGGCCAUGCGGCUUAUAGCCCUAGCAGACGCCUGGCUUGCUGCGCCUCCAUGCAGACAGCGAAGAUACCGGAGGUUGCACUACCCAGACCGUGGAUGUGGGACGAAUGUCAGGCCAGGAGAGGUAUUAGGACCCGACGACGAGCGAGAGGGUUGGGAAAUUGCUCAUCUGCCGGGCAUGGGUGCGUAUGCACUUGAUAGCUACCGUAUCUUCUAUCGGGAUAGACUACGCGGCACAGAGGGCGUGGUUGGGAUUGAACCAGAAUGGAAAAGGGUAAUACCAACAGACAAGGAACUUAAGCCGUACUUGAGGUGGCGAUGGGAGCAGGAGGGACAGAAACCCCUCACCUCGGCUCAAGCCUAG